UAGUAGGAUUUGGUCCAUAUCUACCCAUUGCCAUUCCUACCCUUUGCUCGAGCCUACAAACUAUCAAAGAUAAUAAUGAAUUCAUACUUCUCACCAAUUGUUGUCGUCGCUUUAUUGCUUGUGUUUUGUUGUAGACCUUUAUAGAUAUUGUGCCGCCACUUGACUACUACAAAUCGCGUCAUUUAUCGACGCUUUUUAGCCGUUUAUUCGACGAGAAUUAAUUCUCGACGCUGUAGUCGAGCGUCGAGAAUUAAUCGACGCUCUUUUGCGUCGAUAAUCUCGACGAAAUUAGGCGUCCACCUUCAUUUCUCUACCCUUUCCACUGUCGACAUUCUCGACCAAAUUUGUGGUCAAACAUAAUUUUGUCGACGCUUGUUUAUGACAAGAAUUUUCUUUGCGCGUUAUUAAAUUUUGCGGGAAUUUGAUAUUGACAUAUAGCAUCGAGAGUUAAGUUAUGUAAAAAGAAAAAAAACGUAAACAUUUUUCUUCGCUUCACAACCACAUUGAACUUACAAAAUUGUAAAAUUGUAUUAAAAGGUUAAAUAACUAAGGUAAACCCAACCAAACAUGGUCAGAACGUUGUAACUUAUUCAUAUAAUAUAACGUAUAAAGUACAAAAUUAUGAGGCUUACACGGAUUUGUUUAAAAUUGACAUGCUAACUAAUACCAGAUAUUGUAAAAACUAAUAUUCUGCUUAUUUUGUAAGCCUGACCGGUCACAAUAACCUCCAUGCGAAACGUGUUGCAAUAGUUUCCAUCUCCCUAUUGUGCAGCUAGGAUACCCGGGUCUUGAUUCACACAUCCACACGAUCAGGUACUUCACAUACAAGGAAGUACCUCCAUCUGAUACACUUCUGAAGUGGAUAGACAAACAGAACUUGUUGUCUCCAAGUUUAACGCCUGAAGUAAAAUAAUGCAAAGGUCCAGAAUGAGUAAAAUCCAAGGAAACAGUAACUACAAGAAAAUCAAAUGCCAUCAUAUGCUUAAUUUUCAUCGUCAAAUUCAAAUGUUAGUUCACAAAUAAAACACACAAGAGCAGACUAACGACAUCACCAAAAGUAGCAGAUAUGAGAAAAAAAUGUCACAAAGAAAAUCAAAUACAUGCAAUUAUACAUUAUACGAGUGCAUCAGUUGACAGAUUCAGGGCAAUGCAUUUUCCAAUAUAAUAACAAAAAAAUUGAUAAAAGGAGGACAAAGGAGUAAGACUUGGACAUUCCAGGAAACUAACCAAUACUGAAAAUAGUAUAUCAAAACAGAGCAUAAUUCAGCUCUCUAUAAAAGCAAAAGGAAGCAUAGGGCUAUGCUUAAAGUUAAAUCAGCGGCUUCUAGUAAUUCUAUGCAUAUCACAGACUAGAAAGAGAAGAACAAGGUGUAAGGAGGUGGAAUGCUCAAAAUAGCAGUCACUUAAUAUAAUUCAGUGGAGUUCUUCUAAAUCCUACAACUGGAGGAACAGUCUUAUAGAGCGGCUGAUAUGCCUGAAAUUUUGUACAGAGAGAGUAUUAUUUACAUUACCAGAACACGGGUAGUAAAUGCAGAACUCAUAGAUGUCAGAGUAUGACCUCACACUGCUCUUUACAUUACCAGAACACAGGUGUAAAUGCAUAACUCAUAGAUGUCAGAACAUUUGCUAGUAGAGUAUUACUUCCUCCAUUCUUUAUUAAAUGACACAAUUUUUUUGUCACGUUUGCCAAUGCAAUAUUUCAACCAUUAAUACAUUUUAUUAUCAAUGGUUAAAAAUUAUAAAAAUUUGAUAUUAUAAAACUAUAGGAUGAGACGAUUAUAACAAGACCCCACAUGACUAUAUUUUUUGUUAAGUAUAAAUCACAAUUGAUGGUCAAAGUAUAUUAUAUGAAUAGUGCUAAAACUACAAUUGUGUCAUUUAAAAAAGAAUGGAGGAAGUAUUUUGGACGGAGGGAGUACUAUUUUUGAAAUUAAAAAAAAAAAAAAAAAAUCCAGAAAUACUGAGUAUAAGUGAAGAAAAUUACCAGAACAUAGGUAGUAACUAUUCGACUCAUCAAUUUAACUAUUUGUCUUUAUACCUUAACUAUUUUGUUAUUCAAUUAGUUAUGAUUUUAUAACUUUUAGUUAUGUUUCACACUAGUUUAAUUAGUAUCACAAAAGUGGUCUAACCGUUAGACGGUCUUACACAAAAGUUUUGAUACAGUAUUUACUUUCACCUUGAAAUAAGUGGCAAACUACACGAUUGAGCGUCAUCUUAGGCGUAUUGUCCGCCAAAACCUUCAUUUUUCCAGCAAAGCUAAAGGGAUUAAUUCCCAAUUAUAGUAAACAAUAACAUCAUUACCCUAAAUGAUAAACAAAACUAUCCUUACCACCUUAAAAAUUCCCCUUGCCAGAAAACAAGCAAAAUUAUUAAUUUUUUUUUUUUUUACAAAAAACAAUUCAAAUUGAUGAAAAAUUAGCCACUCCCUCAUAACAGAUCUCGAAUUUUUAUUUUUUCUCUUUUACCAAGAACAUUAUCUAAUUGUCAUAAAUUUCCAUUUACAUCCCAUUACAAUUUCAAAUAAUUAUAAGAACAAAAAGUUCCAAAAUUGAAGAAAUUUGUGAAUUUGUUUUACAAAAUUACAAGGCGAUAAAUGGUGUAGACGGGAUUGGAUCUGAGGUGUUGGGUACGGCCCCUCAAGUAAGUUGUGAUCUUGAAUCUCCUAUAUAUGCCUAAAAGAUAAAAGAACAUGUCUUAUUCAGGGCGUUCUGUAAGGAAUUUUGUGGAACAAGAGCUAGGACCUUUACCACAUUUUGUACUUUACGCAAUCCUGGAAUGGACCCUAAUAGGAUUGCUCUUCCUUGAUGGUUUCCUAUCAUUUGUAUCAACUGAAUUCGCAGAUUUCUUCGACUUGCAAUCCCCAUGUGUGUUGUGUACCAGGAUUGAUCAUAUCCUAGCACGUAACAAACCGCGUUAUUGUUGCAAUCAAACCAUUUGUGACGGUCACAAGAAGGAUUUAUCCUCCCUUGCAUAUUGUCAUGUUCAUAGGAAACUCUCUGAUAUCAGAACAAUGUGUAAGGGAUGCCUCCUUUCCUUUGCUUCUACUGAUAACAAUAAUAAUAAUAAUAACAAUAAAUCUGAAUGUUCGUCGUUGGAAUUGUUGUUUGAUGAUGAGAUGAAGGCUAGGGUUCGGUUGCAACCUCAAUGGAUGGAUGAUACCGCGAAUGGAGGAGGAGGAGGAGGAGGAGGGAAGUUGAUGUAUUGCUCAUGUUGUGGGGAGGCUAUGAAGGUUAAGUAUCAUAAUAAUAAUAUUACUAGUAAUUCUGGGAUUCUUAGUAGGGUUCCUAGUAGGCUUUCUCAGGCUCAGACUCAGGCUCAGGCUCCUGCUCCUUCCCCUCGAUCUCCUUUUGGUACGUGGAGGGCAGAUGAUGUUCGGACCACCUUGGAGUUGUCCCACAUUCGUUGUCAGGAGCUUAAGUCGUCUGAAACUACCAUUCGCGGUGAGGAGGAUGCAUGCAAUGUUGUCAUCCCAACAGCCGGCAAGGAAGAAACCAAACUCACAACAACAACAACAACAACAACAACAGAUUUCGACGAUUUCAUGGAAGAAUUUGGCAGUAGUAAAUCAUUUGGCAGGAAUUCAUCAUUUGGUGGGAACACAUCAUUUGGCAGAAACACAUCAUUUGGCACAAGUACAUCAUUUGGCAGGAACCCGUCUUUUGGGCGGAAUACAUCCUUUGGUCGCGGUAUUAGUAGUAGUAGUAGUAACAGGUUUCUCGGCAUUAAUACUGAUUCAACAGCCGCAAGCCCAAGGCUAACCAACAGGGUUCCAAGGAAAUCACUCCUGGAGAAAGUCGAGCUAGGGUCAGACCCUGUCGAGACAAUCAUAGGAAAUGAGACGGACAUUGAAGUUAUCAUGACCCGUUUGAAGAAUCAAAUCCGUUUAGAUAGGAAAUCACUUGUAGCUCUUUACAUGGAGUUAGAUGAAGAGAGAAGUGCUUCUGCAGUUGCAGCUAACAAUGCAAUGGCUAUGAUCACGCGUUUACAGGCAGAAAAGGCGUCUGUUCAAAUGGAGGCGUUGCAGUAUCAGAGGAUGAUGGAGGAACAAGCUGAGUAUGAUAAAGAAGAUAUUCAGAUGUUGAAGGAUUUUCUGAACAAGAAAGAGGAUGAGAUUAGAGAUUUAGAGGCAGAGUUAGAUCUUUAUCGAGAUAGAUGUGGUUUCCCUGAUGUUAACCGUGCUGAUGCUUUGGAAAAAUCUUUGUCAUAUUCUUCUAUUUCUGAGCAUGGAAGCCCGUUGUUUAGCAUUGGUGGUUCCUUUUAUGAAGAAGGUGAGAAUAGUGGACGGAAAACUGAUGAUUAUGAGGUUGGCGAUGAAUCAUCACAUGAAGAAGAUGAUGAAGAAGAAGGUGAGAAUAUUGAUGGUGAACGCGAUCAACACUUAGAUGAUGAUGAUGAUAAUAACAGAUCAUAAAAUUUAAAAAAAAUACAGAGAAAGACAGUUAAGAAUCUUCAAAAACUUCAGAAAAUGGACUACCACAGCGAUAAUAUAUGGCACGGACUCAAGAAGGAAAGAUGAUGAUAAUACAGAAAGUCGGCCAUAGAUCGAAAGCAUAACAAAAAAACCUUAGAUUAAAUGCUGACAAGAAUGUCGUGUUUUAUGUGAAUUGAACAUGUAGAAUGUAGUAGUCAUAAAACUGAUAAAGUGAUGCAGAUGAUGAUUUUCUUUAACUGCAGCUAGCAGAUGUUGGGCAAA